UUUGUUGUUUAUAAACAUUUUAAUUUCCUAAAUGUCAGUCCUGCUCCUCGGAUCCCUCCUCCGCCGUGACGUCAAAAGGGGGCGUAGUCCGCCUUCCAUCAACGCUUUCCACUCUGAUUGGUCCGCUCCACCCACGUGACUCUCAACAGCCAAUCACAGAGGAAUGCGAUGAGUGAAGGAACCGAGCCUUAUUACGGGGGCCGUGGAAACGCGCAGCGGUGACGUCACGUGCUGAACUGUGCCGUGUUGUCAGCAGCUGUUUGUCUGGAAGACGAAGGAGAAGUGGACGCGUCUCGGUCUAAUGUGAACCAGGGAUCACACAGGAGACCGAAGCAGGACCCUGGACCUGAGACCUGAUCCCGGAUCACUGAUGGGAGCCCUGGAGCCUCUGCAGACCCCCCCUGUGACAGUAUCAAUUACAUAACUGAAGGCAUCGAUCAGACUCUAACUGUGAUAACGGACUAGUGCCAACACAGGUCGGAGGAGUUGAAGCCAUUUUUCUCUGCAACGUCUCUCUGUUUAUCUCCCAGCAGACCAGCCUGGGAUAAAGUGCAAACAGGAGGUUCAAAGAGGUAGUGCAGUGCUUUUGAAGUGGCACCACCUCUGCCGCCAUCAUGAAUGUGGGCACGGCACACAGCGAGGUGAACCCGAACACCCGGGUGAUGAACAGCAGGGGGAUGUGGCUCUCUUACAUCCUGGGCAUCGGCCUCCUGCACGUCAUCCUGCUCAGCAUUCCCUUCGCCAGCGUACCUGUGGUCUGGACCCUCACCAACCUCAUACACAAUCUGUGUAUGUACCUCCUACUUCACACGGUCAAAGGGACGCCGUUUGAAACCCCAGAUCAGGGCAAAGCUCGCCUCCUCACACACUGGGAGCAGAUGGACUACGGCGUCCAGUUCACUGCUUCACGCAAGUUCCUCACCAUCACACCCAUUGUCUUGUACAUACUCACAAGCUUCUACACCAAAUACGACCGGGUCCAUUUUGUGGUCAACACAGUGUCUUUGCUCACUGUACUCAUCCCCAAGCUGCCUCAGCUGCACGGCGUGAGGAUCUUCGGCAUUAAUAAGUACUGACAAGGCUGAAGAGGACACCUCCUUCCUCCGGUCCCCGUGGACUUGCUGAGAGCGCACAGAGUAUCAGGCCUCUGAUUUGGCUGCAGACCUACGAGGAUCCGUGGCUCCCGACUCUGCUGAGCGCUGCUCUAAAUGAAGCCUACUGAGGAUACUGCCAUGGUACCAAACCCCAGGAAAGAGCCUCAAUACACUUUACAGAGAGGACAAAGAGAAAGUGCACUACAGUGGUUCUUUGUGGCCUAUAAACUUUGAGUUGAAGGUUUUUUCCAGAGACACUAAAAAAGAGUUGGUAAGGGAGCAUUAUGCCUGUUGAAAUGACAGUUUGGUGUCGAGGGGAGAGGACAAUGACACCCGCUGGCACUCUGAGGCUGCAGUCUGAGUUAUUUUGUAUGUAAUGACACAGCGCUGUAUUUAUUCAGCUUUUCUCCCACCAGAAGUGUCUUUUACUCGAGGUUUCAGAGGAGAGGAGCAAUAUUUUAAUGAAACCGUGAGGGGCUUGUGAACUGCAGGCAGAGGCGAGACAAGACAGACCACAAGGUUUUAUAUUUAGCCCUCGCUUUACCGCUCGGGGGGCCAAGAUUGGGAAGUUCAGUAACUCUUACUUUAUCUGACCAUUUCCAUAUUUGGACUCCUCUUGUCCUGUUCCGUGUCCCAUUUAAGCCUCGCGCCCGCAGAGCCGUCUGGCCUGAGUGCAGAAAGAAUGUAGAAGUGCAGUCCACUGAUCAAACGCAGUGUAAUGAGGAAGUCCUUCAGAAUCAUUUAAGAGAGAGGUUCUUCUGUCCUUCAUUAUUUUAUAGUUACACAAUAAAGACUCCUGUAGCCCCUUCAAAGAGAAACUCAGGAGCCAUUAAGGAAGCAGGAGCUGCGUCUCCGCUUUAGAUCUGAAAGCAAAUUCCAAUCUCAUUAGGGUCACCUUUUCAAACUAAAGCAAUCCAUUACCGAAGCCUUUUAGAUCCAGAAACACUCAAGUGUUUACAAAGAUGUGUUCCUCCACUAUAGAGCUGAAUCUUGUAAACACACUCAGCUAGGAGUGGAACAAAAUUAAUUUCAGUGUGGAAAGUACACACCUGCAAAGAAACCCUCUCCAAAGUUUAUGGUGGAUGUAAGAAUGGAUUGCAGCUGCUAAUAGCACCAAGAAUUUCUCAUCAUUUGGCCAGCUAUCUGCUCCAUCUCGAGGUCUAAUCCACAAAACAAACUGAUAUGCAAGUUUGUUUUAUUGCUCUGAUAUGCAAGCACCAAAAUGCUCCAAAUGUUCUGCAGCCUUGUGCAGUGUGCUCCAGUUUUGCACCUGAUUUUGGACUGAGAUGAGCCGCCACAUGUCCACUCUGUGCAGCGCAGAGCUGUGCUGUGUUCUCUCAUCCUGACGGCGCUAAAUUCUAUCCAUGUAUAGAUGACGAGCUGAAUGGAGAGGGAAAGUCCUGAUCACUUUAUUCUUGAUUCACAACCCAAGUGACACAAAUUUCACAGCUUAUAACAAGCUUACUUCCUGGAGUGAGCUAGAUGUUAUUUGCAAUGAGGCUCAUUUGCAUUGAAAGGGUCAUAUUUUACCCCAAACACAUGCAUAAUGGAUCAUUUAAAUGUAUGCAAAGCAUGUCACCUUUUGUACGUGCUUCGUGAAUAAUGGCCGAGUUCCACCAGAUCUGUGUCCGGUCGGUCUCCGAUCCUUCACUGCACCGGAUCUGAUAGGUUUCUAUUCCAGUCAAUGUGUUAACUUCCACUGGAUCCACUCCAUUCCGUUGCAGCUCCGUCUCAGAGAUGCAAGACUUCAAUUUUUUUAGGAUGCCGGAGCACGACGCAUCAAUCUCAACAGAGCAGAUGGAGCGGGACAGGAAGUCAGGUUUCACCAAAACAAAACGAAAACAUCCGGUUAAUUUUCAGAAUAAAACACUCUGUGUUAUCACCAGAUCGUAUUUCACUUAACUACAACAACAAACCAAAGUCAUGAUGAGCGGAGCCAGGCCUGGAGUCAACAGGUCAGAGGUUUUCAGAGGACCAGAAAGACAACAUGGAUGAGGAGAGGAGGAGGAGGAGAAUCCUUGAUUCAGUGAUUACUGCAGGAAAACCUCUGUCACAUGACUCAAGCUGUCCGGUGGUCCUGCUCCAUGCUGCGUUCCAAAAACCCACCCGGUGGGUGUUGACGGACGAGAGAGCAUGGAGCCGGACUGCAACAGAUCGGAGACGGACAAGACACGCAUCUGGUUGAAGUCCUGGGUCACAGCUUUUAUCCAGCUUACUUCCUGGAGCGAGCUUGCAAAAGGCAGCUCAUUAGCUGUUAGCGCCAGUGUUAGUGAAUUAGAUGUUAUUUGCAAUGAGGCUCAUUUGCAUUGAAAGGGGCAUAUUUGACCCCAAAUACAUGCAUAAUGGCUCAUUUACAUGUAUGCACUGCUGCACAGUGAUACUUUUUACUCAGUUUGUGGAGCAUGUCACCUUUUGCGUAUGUUUUGUGAAUUAGACAAUGACAUUUUGGCUCAUUUGGACAAGAUAAGCGGGUGCAAAAGCUGUGCAAUAUUUUUGAAAUCAUGCCCUGAGCAACAUUAGUACUAUGUUUUUUGGCUACCCAUUGAAUGAAAGUCCCCCCUCCUCCUCCUCCUUGUGCUGUUUGUGUCUCUAGCUCUUGACAAAAACCUUAAAAUAUAACCAAACAGUGAGAUGGAAGCAAUUCAAAGCAUCUCCAGAGCUGAGGGUUUACAAGUUCAGAUAAUGUGUGGGUUUGUUAAUCCAAGCAACCGCUGUCACACCCCACAGUCUGUGUCAGUUGUGAAUUAAAGGGAAAUGAAGAGGAUUACCCACAGGAAACAAUGUGGUCUGUCAUACCAAAAUAGUGCUUUGCACUCUUCCCCCGAGACGCACAAGAAUCAUGUAGCUGUGGUGCAUCUUACAAGACCCUGCUCUCUGCCUUCAGUUUAGUUUUUAAAUUAUUUGAACAUGUGUAGUUCAUGUCUGGGAGGGUGUUGAGCCCCUAGCCGUUAACUGCAGGAAUCAGAGGGUAGGUAGCAACCAGACAACCAGGGGCCUUUGGUCUGGGUGGGAGAGUCAGUGCAUCUGCAACCAAAUCCUACCAAAUCAUGCUGUCAGAGAAUUAUUUUUUCCAGCUUUACUUGUCUUUGUGCCCAAAAAUAAAAGUGAAAGGAGAGAUUGCUUAACCAAGAUUUAUGCCACAGUGAUUAUGUUUGUAGUCUAGAUCUUUAAAGCUCCUGUGAGGAACGUUUAGUUUGUGUUGACUUUGGCGCCCCCUGUGGACAAAGCGGUACCUCUUGUCUCGUUGUUGAUGUUAUUAUCUACAUGGGCAAGAUUUCUUCUCUGACUGUUGGAGAACACAGAAUGGGAAGUUUAGUCAAACACAUCACUUAUUGGGAAUCUAUCACAAUCAGACUGUUGGUGCGUUCCAUUGAACUCAGUAGUUUAAUGUCAGAGCUUGGAAUGAGUUGGACACAAAGUCGGAAAGUUGUUUAGUCAUUAGCUCCUGUUGUUGUUAGCAUUGUUAGCUAAUAUGUAAUAGUUUGUGCUCGAAAGCAACAUGACGACAUCUCUACAGAUAGAACUUGCACAAAACUAUACAUGUGAUUGAUUUAAUUACACUAAAAGAGACCUAACUGCGAAUAAACAAUACUGAAAGUACAGCCAACCGUAUGAAGGUAAAUAUGAUGCAAAAUGCACGAGCUUGUAGACUUGAUGUGAGAACCUGCAGAAUACGAUUUGAGAACUUGUGGAUCAAAAAUCUGAACUUGUAUGUUUCAUUUUUCACUUGUAAAAACAAAUUCACACACGUGAGCUGAAUUUGAAGUUACAGAAAAAAAUAACUACAUGGGAGCUUGUGGAAAAAAUGUAAACUUGUAUUUUGAAAAUUUUAACUUGUACAAAAUAUUCAUACAACAUCAUUCUGAAUGUGAAGUCACACAAAAAAAUAUUCACACGUGUGAAAAUUGACGAAUCUGCGCAGUGGACUUUUGCAAUACUUCUUGUGAUAAUGUGUUGCAAAACAAAUUUGCACUUGUAGCUGUUGGGGGUGGCAGAUUUUUGAUCCACAAGUUCCAUCCAUCCAUCUUCUUCCGCUUCUCCGGAUCUGGGUCACGGGGGCAGCAGCCUCAGCAGGGAAGCCCAGACACUCCUCUCCUCGGCCCCUUCCGCCAGCUCCUCUGGGAGGAUACCGAGGCGCUCCCAGGCCAGCUGAGAGACAUAGUCUCGCCAGCGUGUCCUGGGCCUUUCCCGUGGCCUCCUCCCAGUCGGACAUGCCCGAAGCUUCAAACCUUCCCAGUGCGAGCCGGAGGUCACUGCUCAAUGAAUAGGACCACAUCAUCUGCAAAAAGCAGAGAUGGAAUCCCAAGGCCACCGAACUGGACAUCCUCCGCCACUUGGCUGCGCCUAGAAAUUCUGUCCAUAAAAGUUCUGAACAGAACCGGUGACAAAGGGCAGCCCUGGCGGAGUCCAACCCAUCCACAAGUUCUCAAAUCGUAUUCUGGAGGUUCUCACAUCAAGUCUACAAGCUUGUGCAUUUUGCAACAUAUUUACCUUCAUACAUCGGGAGCAACCAUCUUGGAUAUCAAGCUCAGGGUUACAGAAGUUCAUCCAAGUGUCCAAUUCAUACUUCUGACUUAUUGGGGUGCUCCGGUUGACUUAUCCGACUUGCAUCUUGGCGUCUGAGACCUAAUGGAACGCACAAUGAAUCUGCAGAAUGCAUUCAGUCUUCAAUGCUGAUAGUCUCCUUUGCUUCUGUAUGAAUCUCAGUCUGUUUCAUAACCAGCUACAAGCUCCUCACAGUAGCUUUAAAGAACAUUUGAGGGAUCCUCUUAAUUUAUGAGAUCUGGAGGAAUAAAGAUAAACAUGGUUUGUUACAGUGAUGGUACAAAGCUGCGGCGUAUUGUGAGUAAGAAUGUUUAUUUAGAGAACAUUUCUGCUUGUAGAUCUUUUUUACUUGUUUGUGAAAGGUCACAAUUAAGCAUGUUACCAUGACUGUUAGUUAGUGAUGUAAUUAAGAUCUAAUUAUAGGUUUUAUCAUAGGAGUGGAGUUUGAUUAUCGAGGUCGGGAUGUUUCUCUUUUUGGAUCGUACUGAAACUGUUACAGAAACCGAGCUCCGCUGCAAUAAGAGGCACAAAGUAAUGUAUAUCCUGUCUCAUGAAACCAAACACCCUUCAGACCACCAACAGUAAGACUGCUUUAAAUGAGAGAUCUGAAGAUUAAAUAUCUUAUUUCCUGAGUGGAGAAAUGAGACAUUCUCCACGAUGUUUGGAAAGAAGAAGCACAUUUCAGUCUCAGCAGUGAGAGUAGCAGCCAGUAGCUGAAGUAGCAGAACUCCUGACUGUGAGCAGCAGCAGUGUUUAAAGUGGCAGAAGGAGUUUCAUCUUUUUAGGGAAAAGUUUUCAUCAAUUGUAAUUUCUUUGAAUCAUGCAGAAUGAUAAUUAAACUCUUGUUGUGAGUUUGUAAAUGCAACUUUCAUCAUCUUUCCACUCCCAUGUGUCUGAGAGAAGAAAGGGCUGACUCCAUACACAUGUUGUGAUGAUUCAGAGCACAAAGUCAGGAUUUUUGUUUGUACUCAGAAACAGUUUGUACUGAAUGUUGACGAAAUGUGAAACCACGUGCUCUCAGACUCUGUCGAUGAGUGUAUCAGUGGAUUCUGAAGGAACUGUCAAUGUGAGUGUCUGUACGAGUGCUUGAUCCAAAAUAAUACAGUAUUUUUAGAACAUGA